CUAGCAAGGACUCAAUAGUAAUCGCCAUGGAUCUCUUCAACUCGCCCGCCUUUUCUGCCCGUGCAGAGGGGCUCAUUAAGAAAUUCCACGUCCCCGGCCUUGCCAUCGCCCUCGUCCACAAGGAUGUUACUGCCUCCAAGGCCUUUGGCAUGGCUUCCUUUGAGCCCGCGAGGCCAAUGACUACCGACACCCUUUUUGACAUUGCUUCUGCAUCAAAGUCUCUCACCGCGGCGUCGGUUGCACUGCUGGUUGCGGACGAAAAGCUGCCGGACGUCAAGUAUGAUGCCGAGAUGGCCAAGCUGCUGCCGGGCGAGUUUGUCAUGCCAGGCCAAGGCUAUGAAGGCGUCACUAUCGAUGAUAUCCUGAGCCACAGAAGCGGAUUGGCGCCCAAUGAUAAUUCGUAUCUGGGCCCCAGGGCGAAGAAUACAGACAGCCCGCAGUCAGUGACGCGAAACUUGAGGAAUCUAGCCACUGCGGCUCCCAUCAGAUCCAAGUUUAUGUACUGCAACAUGAUGUUCACGGUGGCGACGUAUCUAGUAGAGCAAAAGACCGGCAUCAGCUUCGCCGACUUUCUUGAGCAGCGCUUCUUCCAGCCUCUGGGCAUGACUUCGAGCAACUUGCAGCCAGAGCGGGCGCGUGCCAAGGGGCUGGGAGACCGCAUCAGUCCUGGGCACUGGUGGGAUAGAAAGGCCAGGCAGUAUUCGACGUUUGUCAUUCCUGACGCCCCAGAGGCUCAAGGUGCAGGUUCAAUCAUUACCAGCGUUGAUGAUUACGUCAAGUAUGUCCGGGCCAUGAUGAACAAGGAGGGCCCAUUUACAGAGGACGUGUACAAGGGACUCAUCAGGCCACGAUCCAUAAUCACGCAGAACUACGACAAGCUGUCCCCCUUUACGUCUCCAUUGCUGUAUGCUGCUGGCUGGGAGGUGCAUCACUACCGCGGCUACCUGGUCGUCGCUCACAACGGAGGCAUAGCCGGCUCCUCCACCAUCCACUUCUUCAUACCUGAUCUCAACUUUGGGGGCGCCAUGUUUGGAAACUCUGACGACGCGGCCUUUGUCGCCGAGGUUCUCAUGCAGGAACUCAUCGACGAACUACUGGAUUUACCCCAAGACCAACGGCUUAGCUGGGACAAGGUCCUAUACGAGAAGAACACGGGCAAAAAGUACGACGAGUACGACACCAACCCCAACGAAGACGCCGAGACCGAGGCCGAGGAGGUCGAAGCAGAGCGACAGAAGCUGUGCCCAGGAAUCAAGGAGUCAGAACCGCAGAAGAUGCCGUUGAGCGCGUACACAGGCGAGUAUUGGAACCCUGGAUGGAAAGGCAUCGUAGUUCAGGUCGAGCAGGGGCAGCUGUUUGUCGACUGCUCGGAUCGAUCGUAUGUCUUUACGAUGAAGCUGCAGCACGUGUGCGAGCAGACCAAGUAUGUUGCGGUUAUGAGGGAGGUUGUGGGGGGGAUUGGGAUGGCGAUGAGGGUUGAGUUUCGGUUUGAGAAUGAUGUUGUGGCGAAAGUUGGGAUUGCGUUUGAGGAGGAGCUGGAUGAUUACAUUUGGUUUGACAGAGUUGCGGCCUGAUGGCUUUUCUCUUGUCAUCUUCUAGUGUAGCAUUUAGUCUUGCUCUUCAAUAUAGAGAAUUCGCAACUUUCAAUGCCUUGAAGAAUGUUUUGCCUAUCACUUUAGUCUCACUUAUUUCUCAGUUCAAUCCACUUCACCUCUUAAUAAAGCAAUAGCUACGGGUUC